GCAAGACGCGACACCCCAUAUCAUCCCCUCUCUCUCUUCUGCUCCUGAGGCUGCUCUUUGGACAGGCAACACUCGGAUAGCGAGAGACCGCGUGCAGGAUGCAGUAUGAGUUCGAUUCAGGCAACCUCAGCUCACUGGUGCUGUUCGUCUUCCUGCUACUGACACUCACACCCAUCACCUAUCGUACCUUCUACCCAAAGAACGUCACUGGCAAACAGGCAGAGGCAUUCCCAGUGCACAUCCAAGAUGCCUCUGCACAAGCACUCGUGGCAAAUAGGCCACUCAGCAAGAAUGUCGCAAGCCGCACCUUGUCCCUCAAACAUGCAGCUCUUGCAGUGGGCUGGGCGUUCAUCGCUUACCUAGGCUAUGGCAUCUCGCAAAAACAACAAGCAGCCAUCAGCUGGGAUCCUUACGCCAUCUUGGGCAUCUCCGAAUCUGCAACGGAGAAGGAAAUCAAGAAACACUUUAAGCGCAUGUCCAUCAAGUUCCACCCAGAUAAGGUCAGGCUUGCCGUUAAUCAAACACUCGAAGAAGUACAAAAUCAGUUUGUUGAUAUUACAAAGGCGUAUAAAGCACUGACAGAUGAAGAUAUUCGCAACAACUUUUUGGAGUUUGGUCAUCCUGAUGGUCGUCAAGAUACGGCCAUCGGUAUCGCUUUGCCCUCGUGGAUGGUGGAAGGCAGUAACUCCCUCUGGGUCCUUGCAGCAUACUGCUUCGUGUUGCUCUUUGGCCUCCCUGUUGUCGUUGGUCGAUGGUGGUACUCGACAACGUCAGUAACAAAGGAAGGCAUCAAGACUGGCACAGCAGAGCUCUUCUUUCGCUCCAUUGAAGAUGACUUGACGCAUGACCAGAUCAUCACGCUGCUCUCACAAGCCGAUGAGUUUGCAGAGUUGCAGGGUGACCAGGAAGAGAUUGCAGAAUUGGCCAGCAAGAUCAAGGAGCAGGGUGGCGUUGAGAUCACCUCCAAACGACCCAUCCCCGAAGUCCUCCUCCGCGCUCAUCUUCAUCGUCUGCCCCUAUCCAGGACGCUUGCAGAACAGCAAGUCAUCAUCCUCGAUACGGUCCUCGCACUGCACAAGACAUUGAUGCAAAUCUGCCUCGCAUACGGAUACCUCGAAACUACCAAGAAUGUCAUGGAAGGCUCUGCCUGCAUCGUUCAAGCACUGCCUCCCAAGUCAACACCCCUUGCUCAAUUGCCACACAUGACACCGGCACUCUGUCAUUCUAUCUGGUUGGCUUUUGAUAGUCUUGAUGUGACGGGUUUCUUGCAGCUCAAUGAGACCGCACGGCGUGUUGCACUCAAGGAAUUAUCGGACACUCAAUAUGCAGAGACACUGGCUGUUGCAAAACAUAUUCCGGCAUUAGACUGUUGUCGCGUUGAUUUCCAAGUCGCUGGCGAAACAAACGUUGUUGCCAACGCUAUUGUUCAUCUCGUCCUCAAAGUCAGACGCGCAGGACUCUCGAGUCUUGACAAGACUGCUUUAUUGGAGGAAGAGGAAGAUGAAGGUGACGUUGAGGCAAUCUUACGAGCGGAUGAACGAGCUGCUGCUACGGCUGAACGUGAUACGACUGCUUUUGCACCUUGUUUCCCUGCACCACCCGUCAACAGCUAUUGGUUCUUCAUGGCAGAUCAUAAACAAGAUCGUGUGAUUGUUGGGCCUGGUAGUGUUGAGGAUGUGGGUGGACAGGUGCGUACCUUCAAGUUGCAAUUUCAAGCACCACCGCAUGCUGGGAUGUAUACGUUUCAAGUACACCUCAAGUCUGAUACGUACAAGGAUGUGGAUCAAGUGCAUCAUUUGGAGCUGACGGUGGUGGAUGAAGCUGCUGAGGCAGAUGCUGGGGAUGAUGAUAUCAGUGAGCCGGAUGAAGAUACGCUUGCUGGACAGAUGGCUGUGAUGAAGGGAGAGGCCGUCAAGCGUAGCGCUGUGGAUCUCGAGUAUGCGAGUUCGAGCGAGGAGGAGCUGGAUAGCACGGAUGAGAGCGACUCAGACUCAGACUAGAAGCGAAUAGAUCCAAAAUUGAUACUCCCUUUGCUAUAAGAACUGGUUAAAGAAGUGGCCUCGCGCUAGA